ACAAGAGGGGCUAAUUCAUAAAUACGAAAACUUAUCAAUACUGGAUCUGCAAGAAAAAAAUUCAUCUUCUUCAACAAAAUUCAUUUCAACAUUAAGAAGCAGAACAUAAAUUUUGAGCUUCUUAUUAAUUCAAUUAAAUCAGACAUUCAACAGCUCCUGAAAGUUAGUUAUACACAAACUAAAAUGGAUCUCAACCAGCCUCCUGGUGAGAAUUAUGCCAAUCCAAGGACAUGUUUUUUUCAUGUACUCUUCAAGGCUGCAGCUUUGGCAUUUUACAUUCUGUCUGCUCUCUUCAUUAACAAUUUUGUCAUAAUUUUUGUGGUGACUGUUCUUCUUGCUGCUCUUGAUUUUUGGGUUGUUAAGAACGUUAGUGGACGUAUUUUAGUUGGUCUUAGAUGGUGGAAUGAAAUUAAUGAUCUCGGUGAAAGCGUGUGGAAAUUUGAAUCUCUUGAUCAAGAGUCGAUGGCCCGGUUGAACAAGAAAGAUUCGUGGUUGUUUUGGUGGACUCUUUAUCUAACGGCUGCUUUGUGGGUUGUGCUUGGAAUUUUCUCCGUCAUAAGGUUCCAGGCUGAUUACUGCCUCAUUAUUGGAGUUUGCUUGACUCUCGGUGUUGCAAAUAUCAUUGGCUUUACUAAAUGCAAAAAAGAUGCUAAGAAGCAGUUUCAGCAGUUUGCAUCAGAGACUAUUGCAAAUCGAUUCUCGUCGACUCUUCAGUCGGCAUUUAGUGUUGUAUGAGUCCCGUCGAUGUCCAAAGAGUAGAAUAUACAUACGAACAGUUGUGAGAGAGAUCAAAAAGUGUCGGCGGCGCUGUUCAAACAAGCUGCGUCAAGCUAGCUUAUUGUUUCAAAAACCGAUGUAGUGGGAUACACGAUUAGAUGUUUUGUACCACCUUUCUACCCAUGUUUUUGUUUCUUUAAACUGUUUAUGAUCAAAAGUAAUAGUGGAGUAUAACAAUUUUAUGUUUUGUUCUAA